UAGCAUAAUCAAUAAAAUAUAUAUUUUAAAAAUUUUGUACUUCUUAAUCCCUUCACGUUUUUUACCCAGUUCCUUGUCCUCCUGUUCCCUUGGGCAACCAUUAGGUCCUCUCUCUGUGUCUGUGAGUCUGUUUCAAUGUUUGUUUGUAUAUUUUGGAGAACAUUUUUUGGAUAAUCAGGGGAAUUUGAUAUGAACUAAAGAAUUAGGUGCCAUUGGAAAACACAAGAUAAAGACACAAGGAUGGGCAUUGCAAUGUUUGCAAUAAUUUUUUUUUAAAGGCUAGAAAGCCACCACAUGCCAGAGAACAUUCCUGGAACUCUUCCUGGCAGUGAGAAGGGACCUCUUAGACAGGAAGUUGGCAGAGUGACCCUAGCAAAUACCCAGCAGGAGAGGUCUGACCAGAACCUUAAGGUGAUUUUUUUAAAGCAGCUUUAUUGAGAAAGAAUUCACAUACCACAUGUUGUUAAUUAAUAUGACUCCAAGUCCCAUGGUUAAUUCAUCCUACCUUACACUUGAAUAUGGGCACUUGUUGGUGGUUAUUAGUUUGGGGGGCAGACAUAUUAAGGGCAAAUAUCAAACUCUUGAAACAUAGUUUAUAGUGGAAAAGUCUGGAGCUUAAGGACUUGUGUUUUCAUUUGAGAUUACCCAUCACGUGCCUUUGGGGAAAUCAGUCUUCUCCUGUCUGUUUCCCUGUCUGUAAAAUGAAGAAGUUGACUCCAAUCUCUUGAGUAAUUGCUUGUUCUGUGACGCUAUUGGUGCAUACAGAGAACUAGCUGGAGAUUCAUGUUAAAUGCAUUUAAUGGCAUAAAGGCGGGUGACAAGGAAACCAGGAAGGAAAGACAGAGAAAGACCACGGGUUUUGGGAAAUUAUUUAGUCUGUGAUCUCCCUUGUCUUUUGUAAAGAACCCUUGGCUUUUAAAUUUUCCAGACAAAAGUCAGUCUUCCAGGGCUGGGACUGUUUGGGUCUGAGAUGCUACCUCAGUGGUUACUGACAACUGGUGCCUGAAACCCCCGGGGUAGGAGGGGAGGGGACGUUUUGUGUAUACCAGAUGAAAUAGAAACUUGAGGUCUCCUUAAUUCCGCCCACGGGAGGGGCAAGGAGUCACUGCCGACAGGACUGUGUCUUCCGUAAGUAGAGGAGUUUGAAAGUUCAGGUGAAAGUAAGAAUAUUAACACAGAUUCCUCACUUUAUAAGUUGUAUAAAUGAGGACACCGAGACCCAGCAAGCUUCGACGAUGUAGGCCAGUUUGUGUUAGAAAAAGGCUUGUGAUGGAGUGAGGGGAAAGGGCCGUAAGUGUGAGAAUAAGGAACACACCACUGUCUGUGGUGGUUUCCAGCUCCCAGUCCACUGCCUGACACAUGCUGAGUGCUUCCUAAGCAACCGCCACGCAACUGACCAACUGACUGGCUUUCCGAACAAGCACGUGUGUUUCUAUCUUUGUUCAUGGGUAGCGAGCUGGACCCAGACACAGUCUAUUUCAGGCAGAGGACCAUUUCUUUGAAGGUAUCAGGAGGUUUCCUUUACUUGCUGAGAGACAGUUUUUUUGACCGACUAACACUUUUUCUCUGGCUCUUGCUUCCUCUUUGUUGGUACGAACAGAAUAAAUGUCAGAGCCCCCACAGGAUGUGUGUGGUGUGGCAUGGCAGAGAACCGGAGUUUCCUUUGAUGUGACGGUAUGCUUAGACACAUUAAUAGAGGGAUGAUCAGUAGUCUGACGUACUGGUUGCUGGGCUAGCCCUCGGGGAAGUGGCCGCCGCUCACGUGAUUGUGGAGUAGAGACGCAGGUGAAGGAAGUAUCCAGCUCAGUUGGAGAGUUACAACGGCUCAUCAGCAGAGCCAUCCUGGACUUCUCUUCUGCAGAACUCAUGUUUUCACAUCUUCCCUUCGACUGUGUCCUUCUGUGGCUGCUACUGCUUACAAGGUCUUUGGAAGGAUCACACAUAGCCAGAGUGGGCCAGGAUGCUCGCCUGCCCUGCAACUACUCUCCACCCACCCCUGAGGAUCUCGUGCCUGUGUGCUGGGGCAGAGGACCCUGUCCUGUGUUUCAGUGUCAGGAUGAGGUGCUCCGCACUGACGGAAGGCACGUGACUCAUUACACAUCCAGCAGAUAUCAGCUAAAGGGGUAUUUGCACACUGGCGACGUGUCCUUGACCAUAGAGAAUGUGACUUUAGCUGACAGUGGGACCUACUGCUGCCGCAUCCAGUUUGUAGGCCCAAUGAAUGAUAAAAAAGUAGACCUGCAGUUGGACAUCAAACCAGCCGAGGUCACCCCUGCCUGGACUUGGUGGAGAGACGUCACCACAGCCUUUCCAAGGAUGUCCACCACCGAGCGACCUGGCUCAGCAGAAACACAGACACUGGAGAUCUUCCAUGAUAAAAAUCAAACACAAAUAUCCACAUUGACUAACAAGUUACAAGACUCCGGUGCGACCACCAGGAUAAGCGUCUACAUCGGAGCAGGAAUUUCAGCUGGGCUGGCUCUGGUUCUUAUCUUUGGUGCUUUAAUUCUCAAAUGGUAUUUUCACAGGAAAUGGAAGUUACAGAAUUCAAGGCUCGUCACGCUGGCCAACCUCCCUCCCGCAGGGUUAGAAAACACAGUAGCAGAGGGGAUGCGCUCAGAGGAAAACAUCUAUACGAUCGAGGAGAACGUGUACGAGGUAGAAGAUCCGUCAGAGUACUACACCUACGUCAGCUGUAGGUAGCGAUCCCGACAACGUCUGGGUUGGAGCUUGGGUCGUCCUCUCUGGAAACUCUGAAGUGUGUCAGCUGCUGGGUGUUCAGUGUCCUCCACGGCUACCGAGCACCCUUUUCCAUUUUCCGAAGACCAUGAGCUCACCGAGGACGGGCCCCUGACCUGCACAACACUCGGGCCUGUCACAGCAUUAUUACCUCUGCCCCCCGCCAGCAAGGCUGCUCAGCCCUGAGACUGCGCGCUGGGGCAUCAGGACUCAAGUGAGCUUCUGUGUGAAGUGGGAAUCCGUACUGUGGGGUCCUGGAGUUCCAGAGAUUUCGGUCCCAUGAUGUGCCCUCGAAGGUCCUGAGAGUGUAGGGAAAGCUAUGUGCUGGGAUGUGUGCGUGUCUGCUUGGCCCAGAAAGCCUAAGGGCCACUGAUUCUCAAGGAGCACGGCGACUCAUAGAAGGUUAAGAACCCACUGGAGCAGGACUACGUGGUGUUGAAGGUUUCCCUGGAGACUCAGGGUUUCUGGGCUUUGAGUGAAGACUCCAGCAGCAGAUGCCCCUGCACAGCUCUCCUGCCCCAGGCAAGGACAGGGCCCAGCGAGCUGGUGGCGGGGCAGGAGCACCUGGGGAAAAGGGAAGCGUGCUCGGUGUGUGCUGUCAAGUUCUGCUUGGGGCGCACUCAAAGGGAAACGUCCCUGACCCACUUCUCCAUUCACGGGGAGAACUGGAGCUGUGCUGUUCACAGAAGAAGAAGCAGUGACUGGGACGCAACGUCGGGGACAGGUGUUUCUUGGUGGAAAGAAGGCAGAGGGCUCCGGCGAUCCGUAUUUGUCAGCAUUAAGCCCCUCGGUGGAAAGUCCCCAAGCUUCCACCCAAGACUGUGGAGACGAGGUCUGCCUCACUUACUGUCUCCCCAGUGCUUGUCACUGCUCUCACACAUCAUAGAAAUUCACAGACACAGCUCUGUGACCUCACUUCUCGGAGAACUCAUGAAUACCCCUAAGCUCCACGUGUGCUCUUAUGCAGGUAGAAGUGGCUGUUGUGUCUCAGCGUCAUCUCCCAUGUCAGGCGCUUGGAAGUCUGCCCCCGCCCCCCAUCUGUUUCCCCUUCCUGUUGGGCCCUCCUGGACACACCAGGACCUAAUCAACAACACACACCUGCCACUGCCUGAGGACCGCCCCUCCCAGGUGGUGACGGAACUGCUGCUGUGCCUCAGGCCAUGGAUACCAGUCCCCAAAGGCACAGGCAACCUGUUGGGUUGUUGCUAGGAGGCUUUCUGGCAGUCUGAAUGAACUCUUGUGUGAAUUCUCAUGCUGGGGCUGUGUCUAGGCAGUUUGGGGAAGCACUGGCUUUUUACAGGGAGCUAUGGGAAGGAGAUCGUUUUGCAAAAUCCUAUGCGGUGGCUCUCACACAGGUUGGAAAAUUAAUCAUAAAGUUAUGCAAUUGUGGAGGGAAGGGACUUCAGAACACACUGGACCAGCUCAGUGGCUCCCUCUGAAGGAGCUUCUCAUCCUACAAAAUCUGUUAGCAAGUGUGUGUGUGCACACGGAUUACCAUUGCAAAGGCGUUUGCGAGAGACCUUUUCCCUCAACAGGGGAAUAGUUGAUUAGUGUGGUCCAGGAGCCCACGGGUGCAGGCAGACCUAGGUAGUCUUCAUCACUGAGCUGUUUUGCUAAUUGAAGAAAUAUUUAUUAAUGCUUCCUAUGUGCCAGGUACUGUGAUGCUGAGACCAGAGAGACAGACCAGACAGACACACCCCUGACCCCCAGAGCUCCUAGUCCGACCGACCGGCAGGCGUACCGGUUCCACCCGUGCGGGCUGUGAGCAUUCACUGGCGUCUAAGCCGUCAGGCGCCGGUUUAGUCCUAGGAAUAGAACAGGGAGGGGGCAGCUAAAACCCUUCCUCUGACAAAGCGUACGUCACUUGUCAGGGAGAAUGCUGCAUUGCUAUGUCCAAAGAAAAGGAAAAUAUUCUAGAAUAGUAUAUAUAGCUGGUGCAAAUUUCUUCUUUACCUUAAAAAAUCUAGAAGAACAUAUCCAAAUUAAUAUGACUGCCCCACAGAGGCAAAUGAUCAAGAGACAAGUUUUCACUUUUUUCUUUUCCAUGCUUCUGUAACUGUUCGGCAAUCUCCAGGGGGUUUUUUUGUAAUAAAAUGAUUAGGUGUAAACAUUACAGCAUUGUUUUCCUGUAUGCCUUCCUCUUCACAGAAAGAAAUGAAGGACUGGUCAACCCACGGAGCGGGGCCAGUGGCAGGGUGUGGCAGCAAGGCGGGGCUGGACCCCCGGUUUGCAGAGCAGGAGCCACGCUCCAUCCGUUAUUGGGAAUGGGAAAGGUGGCAGAAAGCGGAAUGAAAAGCCGCUACAAGUGCCCUGGAAAUGACAAGCGGAAAUUGAAUUAAAAAGUGUAAUUAGUUUGAAUAUGUGUUUUGUUCAUAGAAUUGCCUUAGAGAUUUUGUUUGCUUGUUUGUUUUUCCUCCCCAGAGCUCUGCUAAGGCCCUCACAGGCUAUGAAAAGAGGGGCCCCUUUUCUUUUAAGACCGAAAAAGUAAGGCCUUACUAUGUUUUCUUUUUAUAUUUUAUUGAUUUGA